AUGGCUAAGAACACAGUUACUCUCAAAGGCUCGGCGCCAUGGGGCUUUAGACUACAAGGAGGACAGGACUUCAACAUGCCACUAAGCAUCUCCAGGAUAACUCCAGGCACUAUGGCUGCAGUGGGCAUUCUAACCCAGGGUGACAACAUUGUAUCGAUAGACGGUCUCAGUACAGAGGAAAUGACGCACCUGGAGGCACAGAACAAGAUUAAAAUGUCUUCCAAUAAACUGAACCUCACCAUGCAGAAGUCGAAACGUCCCGUCCCUUUUCCCAUGGCAAUGCCCAGAAUGGACUCUCCCAUGCCAGUUAUCCCUCACCAAAAGGUAAACACACACUCCCCCUUCAGUCAGGAGUAUUUGCCCAAUUUUAACCCCGUAGCUCUGAAGGACUCGGCUCUGACCACCAAUAAACCCAUUGAGGUGCGUGGCCCGGGAGGCAAGGCCACUAUCAUCCACGCUCUCUACAACACCCCCAUAUCCAUGUACUCUCAGGACGCCAUCAUGGACGCUAUUGCAGGACAGUCACAGUCCAAGGGCCAUGACGGCGGUUCCCUGCCUGUGAAGGACCCGGUGGUUGACAGUGCGUCUCCAGUCUACCAGGCUGUGAUCCAGCAACACAACAGAGACGAGGAGAUGGCCGAGUGGGCCAGACGGGCUGCCAAUCUGCAGUCCAAGAGCUUCAGGAUCCUGGCCCACCUCGCCGGCACAGAAUACAUGCAAGACCCAGAUGAGGAGGCCCUGCAGAGAUCAAGGGAUACGUUUGAGUCGGAGGUGAAAGGACCUCGCUUUCGCAAGCUGAAGAACUGGCCCAACGGUCUCUCAGCUCAGAUCCUCAAUAUCCCUGAGACUCCCUUCUAAUUGAUCUGUCAGAUCUAUCCUUUACCUCUGGAAUGCUUAGAAUA